GUCGCAGCACAGCAGCAGCCAGACGCGCAGACACCGAGGAAGGAAAGUGUUUGUUGUGGCGUUGAAUCUGAGUUUCUCUGCUGCUCCGUUUGACUUAUAGGAUUUUGUUUGGCUGCUCUCCAGCAGCAUGGGAACCGUCCCAGUGCUGUCCGUCCUCAUCCUGGCGGUCGCUGUCCCAGGCCUGGCGGGCUACAUUGAGGCUCUUGCCGCCAAUGCUGACACUGGCUUUGCAGUGGCCGAGCCCCAGGUGGCUAUGUUUUGUGGGAAGCUGAACAUGCAUGUGAACAUUCAGACAGGAAAAUGGGAACCAGACACAUCGGGCAUUAAGAGUUGUUUGAGAAGAAAGGAGAUGAUCUUGCAGUACUGCCAGGAGAUGUACCCAGAACUACAAAUCACAAAUGUGGUGGAGGCGAAUCAGCCCGUCCAGAUUGAUAACUGGUGCAAACAGGGAAAGCAGCAAUGUGCCGGCCAUUCCCAUAUUGUCGUUCCCUACAAGUGUCUAGUGGGGGAGUUUGUCAGUGAUGUGCUAUUGGUACCAGAGAAGUGCCGAUUUUUCCACAAGGAGCAAACGGAUGUGUGCGAUAGCCACCAGCACUGGCACAGUGUAGCCAAGGAGGCAUGCUCCAUGGAUUCCAUGAUCCUGCACAGCUAUGGAAUGCUGCUUCCAUGUGGCAUCGAUAGGUUCCACGGCACAGAGUACGUUUGCUGUCCUUCUGCUCGACCAGGAGAUGACGUAGUCUCCAAAGAAAUGCAGAAUCAAGAGCAUCAGCAGGAAGUGGAGGAAGAUGAAGAAGAGGAGGAGGACGAUGAAGAUGAGGAAGUAGAAGUUAGUGAGCGAGAAGAGGAGGAAGAGGAAGAAGAAGAAGAGGAAGAAGUGGAGAGCGUGGUAGAGAAGAGCAGUGAGGCUCCCACACAGGAGAAUGUGGAUGAGAAGGCUGAGGCAGUGGAGGAACCUGAGGAGGAGGACGAUUUGGACUAUGUGUAUGAAGAUGCAGGGGAGGACGAAGCUGAAUAUGGGGAUAAUGAAGAAGCUGUAAACACUCCAGAAAAGAUCCCUGCUGACAAGACCUAUGAAGAAGUCAAAGCUGUCUGCUCUCUGGAGGCGGAGACGGGGCCUUGCAGGGCCAUGAUGCCCCGCUGGUACUUCGAACCGGACCAGCACAAGUGCGAGCGUUUCGUCUAUGGAGGCUGCGGCGGCAACCGCAACAAUUUUGACUCUGAGGAGUACUGCAUGGCUGUGUGCAGUCGUCUGAUUCCACCAACCCCUCAACCUACUGAUGAUGUGGACGUAUACUUUGAGACACCUGCUGAUGAGAAUGAACAUGCUCGCUUUCAGAGGGCAAAGGAGCAGCUGGAGGUGCGGCAUCGUACCCGCAUGGAGAAGGUGAGGAAGGACUGGGAGGAGGCUGAAAGACAAGCAAAGAACCUACCUAAGGCUGAGAGACAGACCCUCAUCCAACGCUUCCAGACUAUGGUAGAGUCCCUAGAGCAAGAAGCUGCCAGUGAGAAGCAGCAGCUGGUAGAGACCCAUCUGGCAAGAGUGGAAGCUAUGCUAAAUGAUCGUCGCAGAGUCUCUCUGGAAAACUACUUGGCUGCACUGCAGGCUGAUCCACCACGGCCCCACAGAAUCCUGCAGGCCUUAAAGAAGUAUGUUCGCACUGAGAAUAAGGAUCGUCAGCACACAAUCCGUCACUACCAACAUGUCCUAGCUGUCGACCCUGAGAAGGCAGCACAGAUGAAAUCUCAGGUGAUGACACACCUGAGAGUCAUCGAGGAAAGAAUGAACCAGAGUCUGUCACUGCUCUACAAGGUGCCAUAUGUAGCUGAGGAGAUUCAGGAGGAAAUUGAUGAGCUGAUGAGGGAGCAAAAGGAGGAUAUGAGCCAAUUUAUGUCAUCUAUUUCGGAGUCACAGACUGAUGUCACUGUGUCCUCUGAGGAGAGUGUAGAGCUACCGCUUGUAGAGGGCAAACCCUACCGCCCCAUCCAGGUUAAAAGUCUUGGGGCACUGCCAGAGGGAGAAGCCGCUCUCCCAGAUUCUCCCCGGGCCAUGAAGAAAGGAUCAGGAAUGUCGGGACUAGAUGGCCUAAUUGGAGCAGAGGAAAGAGUUAUCAACAGCAAGGGAAAGCUUGGUGAAAAUGUGGUGGUUGACGAGACUCUGGAUGUUAAAGAGGUCAUUUUCAAUGCAGAGAGAGUCAGCGGUGUGGAUGAGGAGAUGGAUUCAUUCAGACCCCUUGGAGAGGAGUUUAACUUCAGCAGCAGUGCCCUGAUUGGUCUGCUCGUGAUUGCAGUGGCCAUAGCAACAGUGAUUGUCAUCAGUUUGGUGAUGCUGCGGAAGAGGCAGUAUGGCACCAUCAGCCAUGGCAUCGUGGAGGUUGACCCCAUGCUGACUCCAGAGGAGCGACACUUGAGUAAAAUGCAGAACCAUGGCUAUGAAAACCCAACCUACAAAUACCUGGAGCAGAUGCAGAUCUAAGCGGGGCAGGGCGGAUACGGGCUGGGAGGCGUGCACUACUGACCAAUAAUGACUCGGCUUUGCUUCCAGAGGGUGGCCCUGUGCUGGCUAAUCUGUUUGUUCAUAACCAUUAGGACAGACUUCCUUUUUCCUUUGACUGAUGGAGAGGUGGCCGGGUGAUUUGUGACAAGACUGAAUUUUAUUUUGCUUUCACAUGCUGACGAGAUUAUCUGUAUUGAACAAGGAUGUCCAUUUUCUUACUAGAUUGCCUGUAUAUGGAGUUUAUUUGUACUGAUUUUAUGUAUAGUGAAGACAUGAUCCUAUCUUUGAUUUUUUUUUUUUUUUCUUUUUUUUUUAUAUCCUGUUUGCUGUUGCAAAAUGAAUGAGUAGGUGGGGGAUUGUAUUCUUGCAGUUGCCCCCGCCCCCACCUCAGGGGCCCCCAGGACCCCAGCAAAGCUGCCAGCAUGCUGCCCAGACUUGAGGAACCAGCUGAGCACCAGGGGUUGGGUGACAGUGCUGCUUUGACUUUGCUUUUUGUAAAUUUUAAAAUUCUUUUAAGGCGAGACGCGAGAGACAAAUUUUUAGAGUGCUGGUGUCUGUGUGGGGUCCCUCUCACUUUCCGUAAUGUCUUCUUCGUAUGCCUGUAUAGUUGGUGUUGCUAAAUCAUGGCUUUUAAUCGAGGUUCUGGUAACCUGUGGCAUAUAUAUAUAUAUAUAUAUAUAUAUAUAUAUAUAUUAAAAAAAACUUUUUAUAUAUAUAUAUAUAUAUUUUUUUUUUUUUCUUUCCGUGACUUAUCUCUUCUGUCCGUUAGUAUCCCACUAUGCACCAAAGUGGCUUUUUUCCCUGUAACGCCUGCUUGAUUGCGGGAGUGUGUAAUUAAAACAAGAAAACUGUAAUAAGAGAGGGAAAAAAACACAUCAAUAAACACUAUGACUUCCAUACA